AAUUGGUCAAAACAAUCACGAAAGGUGAAAAAUGUUGCUCGUGGAGGUAGGUCGCAUUCGGAAGGGAAACAACGGAAGAACGGAAGUCGGCGAAAUAAUGACGGAAUUGUUUCCGCUGCAUGAGUGCGUCUUUAACGGUGAUACCCGAAAGCUGUCGCUGUUGCUGCGGACACACGAAAUCGCCGAAAAGGACAAACAUGGAAACACUCCACUCCAUUUGGCUGUUAUGCUAGGAAAGAAAGAAUGUAUUUUCCUAUUGCUUGCACACGGCGCACCGGUUAAAGUAAAAAAUUCACAAGGAUGGUCUCCUUUAGCGGAAGCGAUCUCAUACGGAGAUCGACAAAUAAUCACUUCACUGUUGCGAAAACUGAAGCAACAGGCCCGCGAACAGAUGGAACAGCGGCGCCCAAACCUGGUGAAAGCUCUGAAGCAGAUGGGCGACUUCUACAUGGAGCUUAAGUGGGAUUUUCAUUCCUGGGUACCACUUAUCUCGCGCAUACUUCCCUCUGAUGUUUGUAAAAUUCAUAAAUCCGGCUGCUCGAUACGGCUCGACACGACGUUGGUCGACUUUUCCGACAUGCGCUGGGAACGGGGUGACAUUUCGUUCAUUUUCAAGGGUGAAAAUCCACCGAAGGAUUCGCUGACGGCGCUGGACAACGAGUGCCGUUGCUACCAGCACGUUCGACACGAGGAGACGGAGAUGGAAAUCGAGGACGAGGUCGACAUCCUGAUGUCGAGCGACAUUCUUGCAGCACAGAUGUCAACCAAGGGUAUUAGUUUUACGAAAGCACAAUCGGGAUGGAUCUUUCGCGAAGAUCGGCGAGAAACAGUGGCCGGACAGUACGAUAGCGAUCUCUACACGAUAAACGGCUUGACUCUGGAGCAGCGCAAACGCCGCGAGCAUCUGUCGCGAGAUGAUCUGCAGAAAAAUAAAGCUCUGAUGGAAUCGCUUACGAAGGGUGGUCAGAGUCAGCAGGGCGGUAUUGAUCAGAACGGCGAGAUUUAUCGAAGAGAGUCGCUACAGCCACCGCCCAACUGUGAGGUUACCUGGGGAGAGUACAUUUCGGCUGAGCCGGGCCAGUAUCCCAACUUGGGCCGUGAACUAGUGUAUAAGGAAUCAAGCAAAAAUUUUAAAGCAACAGUAGCUAUGAGCAAAGACUUUCCGUUGAGCGUAGACAUGCUGUUGAACGUGUUGGAAGUAAUAGCACCGUUCAAGCAUUUCAGCAAGUUACGUGAAUUCGUGACACUGAAACUACCCAGCGGCUUUCCGGUGAAGAUCGACAUCCCCAUCCUACCGACGGUGUCGGCCAAAAUUACGUUUCAAAAGUUCGAAUUUCGGGACAAUAUUUCGCCCGAUCUGUUCGUCAUUCCGGAGGACUACAAAGAGGACACGAUGAGGUUUCUCAUUUACUUCAUAGAUUUCCUGAUUUAUGACCUUUCGAUAUCGACCGACUAAAUUUACGCGCGCUGCUGCUGCUUGCUGUCAGCCAACCUGGACAAACCGAACCGCAGUCGUCACUGCGGUGCAUUUGUCAACAUUUU